AUGAUUUUUUAGUUACCUCAUAAUUUCUGCAACAGAUCAGUUCAAUAACUAGUAUAGGAAUUAAUGUUUGAUGAGUAUAUGGAUAAAGUUAAUAUACCUAAAAAUGCAUUUAUAUCAUCACCAUUGAAGAGAGAGAAAAAAAAGAUAUCAAUAUCAAAACAUAGAUAUAACUACUUUUUGUAAUAAUCACCAAGUCAAUUAUAUUCUUCAGGAUUAAAGAAUAAUAAAUAUAAAGUAGUUGGAAUGAUUGAAAUGAAAAGAAAAAAGAAUUCAGUUCCAAUAAAUGAAUAAGUAAACUAAUUAAUUGAAAAUAAUGUAUGCAUAACUUAAAAUGCUAUUAUUAAAGGAAAUAAAAAUAAUAAAGAUUAUAAACCUAAAGAAAUGAGAGGAUUAUCUAUUUCAGAUCAUGUGACAAGAUAAAAAUUUGUUUUUCCUUAAGUGUAGAGAAUGGGUUAAGUGAAAUAAUAAUCGUAUGCAUUUCCAAACAUUUUUAGUAAUGAAAAUUUUGAAGGAUAUAAAUUGAAAUCUGAAGAAAUGUCAUUUGAAAUUGAAGAAUAUAUGAGAAUGUAAAAACAUAAUAACAAUCAAAAUUUAUUACCAAAUAUUUAUACUGGAAAUUGAU